AUGGAUUUCAUCAAGACCAGUUCCCUGCGUGCUCUGAUUGAGUUAAAUUUCCAACGCAACUGGAACGGCCUAAUUUGGAUGAGUAGAAACGGAGUUAUAACCAAAAUAGUGAAGACUGUCCAGACGGCUCUAUCGAGAAAACAGCGCCCAACCGCGCAGUCCGGCUGGCCGAGAAACUAUUGUUUCGCGCUCGGCCAAAGUCACAUCCGUCCGACUGAAGUCUCGGCCAAAGUUCGAAACUGA